GCACCAUAAACUGGCCAUCUACGUAAUAGUAUUACAGUACUGUUAUAGUACUUACUUACUGUACAUUGAUAUUUCAACCAGUGUGACACGCACAUUCAGCGCGCGAUCGUCGGCAAGUCAGCACAUGAGCUCCACGACUCCGAUUGCUACAGUCUUCCCCGUGGAUACGUUUACAUCAUACUGCAACUACGAUGCCCCACUCAUGUUUCCGGGAUGCGUGGCGCGUGCAGGUUCCAAAUGGAGCGCCUGGAUCGACGUGGCGUCUGGAAAGAAAGUGUCCGAGGUUGGUCCAGCCGACGCCACUCGGGGGCGGCAGUUUUAUGCGUAUCCUCCGUCGAACUAUACGUUUGAGUUCCUUGACAGCAUGACGUCCGAAGCUCUGACCAUUGACAUGGCUGGUCAUGGCAUCAAAGUACUGGGCAACAUGAACUCCCAGAACGCAAGUUCCGCCGGCACCCAACCCCUCAAAGUCAAAUCUUUGAACCUGUCCAACAACCUCCUCACGGCCAUCCCUCGCUCCGUCGUGUUUGGCCAGGACUUGCAAAACCUCACGCUCGCGAACAACAAGAUCGCAAUCGUCGAGGCCAUCUCGUCCCCAUCGUUGCGACUCCUGAACCUCAGCAACAACGUGCUCGCGUCAUUAAAAGCGAACGACUCGUCCGUGUUCCCCACCUCGCUCACGUCGCUGGACCUGUCGGGCAACCCGCUCGUGGACUUGGGCUAUGUGCUGCUGCCGCCAAACCUGGCGGAACUGUACUUGGAUCGCAUAUCCACCCUCCAGAACAUCCACCACGUCGACUUGACAUCAUUGCGGCUGCUGUCUCUGCGAGGCACGACCGUGAAAACCCAAUGGCUCGUGACCGAAGUGCACUUUAACAAGCUCCUGGCCCGCACCAACGACAAGACACUGACCAUCGUCACUUCGGACUCGACCAAGUUCGAAACCAACGACUGCGACAACCCCCAGACUCUGCCCGCGCUGCCAGCGCCCGUCGAGGUCUGCGUCGAUGGCCCCUCUGACGAUUCAGACAACACUUUCAUCUACAUCGCGGUGACGGGCGUCGUGUCGGCCGUGGUGGCGGUGGUCGGGUACUUGUUCCUCCGGAAAUAUGCCCAGCGCCGCGCCGCCGCCAAACGCGCGGCAACCCCCGGCGUGUCGUUUUCAGUGUUUGUCAAUCACAGCACCCGCCCGCUGCCGCCGUCGUUGGCGAACCAUCCGACGACGAAACCGGGCGGAGGCCGUCCGCGGGACCCGACACUGCUCGCGUCCGCCGAGCAUAAGUAUGACGUGCGGUUCGAUCCGGCGAUGCAGCAGUUCCGCAUCGACCACCGGUCGAUCGUGUUGGACGGGGUGCUCGCGUCGGGGGGGUUUGGGGUCGUGCACAAAGCGACCUACCAGGGCGACGUGGUCGCGGUCAAGCAGCUGCUGCCGUCCAUCGACGGUAACUCGGACGCUGUGACUGACUUUAUGGAAGAGAUCCGCCUCUGUUCGAUGCUCGACCACCCGCACAUCGUCCGCUUUAUCGGGGUGACGUGGACGACGCUCAAAGACGUGGGGGCGGUGAUGGAGUUCAUGCCGAACGGCGAUCUGGCCAAUUUGGUCCGGUCCGCCCACAACCAUGUCAACCUCGUGUGGUCGUUGGGUGAAGAUUCGAGUUUGGGGUCGGGUGCUGUGUCCAAGCUGCAGAUUCUGUGGGACGUGGUGGCUGGCCUCGACUAUCUCCACGGGUUUCACGUCAUCCACCGCGACUUGAAGGCCAAGAACGUGCUGCUGGGCGCGCUGUACCAGGCCAAACUGAGCGACUUUGGCACGAGUCGCAGCACCGUGAGCGACGCCACCAUGACCGCCGAGGUUGGCACGAUUGCGUGGAUUGCGCCAGAGGUGCUCAAGGGCAGCAAGUACGCCGUGAGCGCCGACAUGUACUCAUUUGGGGUGUUGCUCUCGGAAGUGGACACGGGUAUCAGUCCGUACAGCCACCUCGUCACGAACGGCGGGUCGCAACUGCCCAAACCUAUGAUUGCCAUGAAGGUCAUGGACGGAGAGCUGAGACCGACGUUUUCACCGCAGUGCCCUGCCCAAGUGCUAGCGAUUGCGAACCGAUGCUUACUCCAUGACCCAGCGGAGCGGCCGACGGCGGCCGAAGUGGCGCGCCUCCUGGGGGCCAUGCUCUCCACGUAGUUUAAGGCCAUGCAAGGUCCCGAACGUUCGAAGGACUCCGAGCGAUCUCCAUGGUCUUUCGCAACUGCAGUAUAACUUGCCUGCGGUCGCCCCAGCAUUUUACUACCGGUAGUAACAGUUAUCAGCUGUACUUUGCUUUUGGAUACUCUGUGGGUGCACAUUGCUGUUAGAGGAAUUAUUAAUAUCAAUAACGCUA